AUGGCGGCAGCAGUGGGCGGACAUUCAUCUGGCACUGCGGUCGUGGUAUCGACCAUCUUGUUCUGCAGUCUCGCCGGCUUGUUGACGAUUGCAAGACUGUACACGCGAAUGAGGGUUACGAAUAGUGUCGGAGUCGAUGACUACCUGAUCAUUCUGGCAGUCCUACUGACCGUCUGCAUGACGCUGGUUCAUGCUGAUGGCCUUGCAGUAUCACAUGGCAUGGGACGACAUUUUGCAAGUCUCAGCCACUGGCAUAUGGAAGGGUCGUUGAAGUGGUUCUGGACUUCAGCCUGGAUCUACGCUCUGGCCCUAGGCACCGUGAAGAUGUCCAUUCUCUUCCAGUACUUGCGUUUCUUCACCGUGAAGAAAUGGCGCAUCGCGUGCUACGUGACCAUGGCACUGAAUACGGGCGUGACCAUCUACGGGGUCGUUGUGACCAUUUUCUUAUGUAAACCCGUCAGUGCAUUUUGGUCACUACCGAGCAAUGGAACAUGUCUGAACCGAUUAGCAGUGGGGUACUCGAUGGCGGGCCUCAACAUUUUCACAGACAUAUGCACGACCAUACUACCCAUCGCGCCGCUCAAUGCGUUGCCCUUCCCGAAACGACAGAAGCUCAUCCUCAUGAUGCUAUUUUGUCUCGGAGGAUUGACUUGCAUUCUUUCCAUCCUACGACUGCCUGCGAUAUACAUCAUGUCCAAAACCAGCGACGUGUCGUGGGAUAACCCAAAAGCCGCAAUAUGGUCCGCCAUGGAAGUGUACGCCGGCAUCAUCUGCUCGUGUAUACCGACGUUGAAAGGACUCAUGUCAAGGUUGUUCCCUUCGCUAUCAUUUGACCAAAGUUACUACAACACACGCUCCGGUGUACGGCUCGACGCGCACGAGAUUCGAUCGCACGGCGUGAGGGAGAGCACCAACUUUUCCCACCUGCGUCGGGCGAGUCUCUACCCCCCAGAAAAGUCACCGAGGCCUCCCGCUCUGGAACUUCACGCACAUCCUCUGCCCGUUUAUCAUCAACCCAAGAGCCCCAUCUCUCCCAGCUGUGCAAGCUAUUGUCCGAGUCAAGAUGAGGAUGAAGACUUCCCUGAGCCAUGA